CAAAACAUCAGAUUUACGUAGCUAUGGUCGUACUCGGACUUUUGCUUAUCAUCUGUCUUUCUGCACGAGUCAACGCAGACAUUUUUCCUGAGGAUGAUGACUCGUGUCAUAUUCAGGUCAAAAUUGUUAAAGAUCUGGUCUCUAAGUGCGGCGAGAGGAGCAGCAGCAGCAGCGGAGCCGAUUUUUCAGCCAAUUCUCUGCCAUUUGUGUUGGAGGCCGUGAGAGAAAGCAAUGGAAACGAGAUUCAAAAGCUUAAUUCCGAGCUGAAAAAGGAAUUCAAGGAGAAUAUCGGAACAAUUUCAAAAAUGAUAGAUGAGUUUCAGUCAGAGAUGCGCCUCUUAGCCAACACUGUGAGUGAGGUCAAUGCAAAACAAAAUAGGUUUGAGCGAGAGGUUAGUUCCAAGGUUUCAGAUAUAUCAAUGAAUUUGGAAGCAACACGGAGAUACUUAAAUGAUCUGAAAUCAUCCAGCAUUCGAAAUCCGGAAAAGGACACAUCGCACUGCCCUUCAGAUGUUUCCAAUUUGACUGUUCUGCCGAACGGAAAAACAUAUCUGUUUUCCAACGAAACGAGAGUUUGUGAACCAGUAACUUGGUACGAAGCAAAGGUGCUCUGCGAAAUGCAAAAGCUGCAUCUGGCUUCUCCAAAAACGCAGCAGGAACUGACUUAUGUCCACCGCAAAGCACGUGAAUUGACAAUUGUUCCGUGGUGGUUGUCAGCAUCGGACGCUCGAAGCAAUGCUGGACAAUUCUUUUGGCACGAUGGCACAUCUCUGUCGACUAACAGUCUCCUGUGGAGCGAAGGAGAGCCGAGCGACUACGGCCAAGGCAACGAAGCUUGCGUCUGGAUUAGGAGCAAUGCGUCCGACAAACUAGAGGACAGCAAGUGCAGCUCGUACUUUCAUUAUAUUUGCGAGCAGCCAGCAGCUUGUAUAUCACACAAAUAAAUGUCACCCACGAGUCUUGAUUAUGAGAAAUCAACUUUAAAUAUAAUUCGCACAAAUGACAAUCUCAAUCGGCUGUUGGAGUGCGAUUUACAACCAAAAUAGCAUGUGAAAAAUCAGUAUAAAGAAUAAAAAAAUAAAAUGUUUCCUUUUAACAUUUUUAUCUGCGUAUUUGAAAGAGAGGAAAGCUAAAAUAUUAUGUCGCCUGGACUAUUAAAUUAAUUUUUAAAAUUUC